AAAGUGUCAGCCAAAUUCCCAGUCAGGUUACAAAAUUGGCUUGUUGGCUGGGAGGGGGAAAAGAACGACAGCACACUGAACGAGACAGCCUAUCGUCUGCUUCAGUAUCUGAGUGAUGCUCAGAAAGCGUCGGAAGUGGAUCACUGGUGUGGCGAAUUUUUCAACUGCGCGCGCAAAGUCUACAAAGGUAUCGAUCCGACAUCCACAUCGGUUUUGUAUCCGAAGAAUAGACACUACUUAUUUCUGGUCCGCAAAAUACUUCCAAAUCUGUAUGGAUAUCACACCUAUAUUCCAUACAAGACAUUCUUCUCACCCAUCGGUGUGGUCAUACUGGCUGCCCUUGGCACGGCAAUUCACUAUUUGCACGGGAAAGAUUUGACCGAUGUCAGCCUCGGUGUGACCGAUUAUAUCUAUCUGUUCGGAUCCAACAUCAUUAUCAGUUGGCAUCAAUUCGGUCUCGGAUUGAUCAUGUGCUCACUGGCCAAAUCCACUCGUACGGUGCUGUUCCCGUUGCUAGCCCUGUUUGCCUGUUUAGUUCUCACGCAACUGGUUUGCAUCAACAAUGUGUUGGACAACGUGUAA